GCACCACUGACUUGGCAUUUCAGCUCCACCACGCUCACUAGGACCGCCGUGUGCAUUGAAUCUAUCAGAAUCUCACCAUUGCCCAUUCCACGGCAACCAUCACGAUACCAACCACCUUGCUGCCAUUGCCAUCACGCCGCGGAUCUGUCAUCUGGUACUACCCUCUGGAAUGUCUGUCGCCAAAACAGGAAGCCUGGCGUCCAAACUUCCCAGCGCUGCUUCCAUCCUCCCACCUCCACCGCUGCACCGUUCGUCGUCAUCACACGACGGACGCGUUGCCACUACGAAGCCUUCGUCCCCCGUUUCCUCCCACGACCAGCCAGCAGCACAUCAUCACCCAAACGAAGCCACGAGCGCCGAGUCCGGGAUCUCCGACACGUCGCAACCCGGCAGCAGUGGCCGCAAGUACGAGCGUCGCACGAAGCGAUUCAUCUGGCCCGACGAACUCCAUCGCUUGUUCGUCGCGGCCGUGUUCGACGUCGGACUCAAGAAUGCAUCGCCCAAAGCGCUCUUGACGUUGAUGGGCACCCCCGCGUGCACCAACGGCCUCACGACGGAGCACCUCAAGUCGCAUCUGCAGAAGUACCGGCUCAACUACGACCGGUCGCGCGUCGAAUUUCUCAAAUUUUUCGACGAAAGCGUGUCAGAAUCCACCAAACACCAAAAACGAAAGGGCAAAGUCAUGCCACAAGGGGCCGUGACGUCGAUGUUUCCGAUCAUGCCCAAGCGCAAACGGUCUCUGGGCGACAUGAACGAAGGUAGCGGCGGCGAGUCGUCCUCGGACGGCGAAGUCCAUCCGGACGAGAAAGUGGCCAAGGUGGUCGCGGCCACGUCCAGCAUCUCGCGGCAGCUCGACAUGCAGUCGAAAACGCUCAAAGUGCAAGCACAGUUUCAAGAAGAGAUCCAGCAACAAUUGUACGAACAAGCGGUGUUGCAACGCCAAUUGCAGGAACGCCUUGCCGAGGUGACCGCGCACAAAGCAACGAGUCCACACAACCACGGCCACCACCAUCCCGUACAUACCCAUCCAGUCACAGCGCUGACCCAGAACAACAUCGCAGUGACAAGGAAUCCAUCGUCUUCUUACCACCAUGCACCAGCAGCAUCUACCACCACCACCACCCAUCCGUUCCAUCAACCAAGUAGUCGACCAACUCCCACCACCAUCACAAAUGUCAACAAUCCACUGCAAGAACAGCUCAAUCAGUUGGCGCAACUCGGGGACGAUCCAACGAAGGACAGGGCCAUGUCGUGGAGCUUCCCACUCAUGCCGGCACCGAAUGGAGCGUACAUGUCGCCGGUGUUGCCCCCUGGCGACCCAUCGACAUCGUCUUCGACGGGGUUCUUACUUGAUCUGCCGCAUCCAACAUCGUCGGCAGCCCAGCCAGCGUUAUCGUCAAGCGUGCAACUGCAUGCGCCGCACAUUCAAAUGCAAAUGACCAUGCACCAGCAAAUGCGACUGCACCAGCACAUGCUGCAGCGCAAGGUUGAAGUGUCUCAAGUGAGCAACAUGAGCAACACCCAAGCGGCCCUCCUCGAGUCGCCGCCCGUGCCGCCGACGACAAAGGAGCCGCCGACGUUCCGAAGUCAGUUGAACGCUGACUGGGCAUCGGAUCCAAAGGACGACGAUGUCGAUCACGGUGGCGGCGUGGAACCUGUGAGCAUGACGGAAGGGUUCGCAUGGGACCUCGACGACGACAUGAACGAUGAUUUAUUCGGCUUUUUGAAGUAGAAAACCACCCGAGCGUGUGUCCCCGUCCAACUUAACAUUAAUUGCAAUCAAGACCAUAUCGUUUGCACGGAGUUGUGGUCUUGAAUGGCUCGUUAGAUGCAGGGACCUUGAUGGCAGGCAUCGUAGCAAGAUGAUAAUGGUCGUCGAUUACGAGGUAAUAUAGGAAAUGGACUAAGGGGUGGUGUGCGGAACGAUGGCGAGGACGAAUGGACGUGGACACAACCUCUUAAGGACCCAUGUCUUGGUGGUGGUCUUUCGACUUGCCUUCGACACCGCGGACAUACAGCACGUUGUUGCAUCGAAUGAGCACUUCGCCGAGGUGUCCUGUCUUGUUGCCGUUGACGUAUUCGUCUGUGUUGGCGAGCUGCAGGUUCAUGUACGAAUCGACUGACACGAGGAAGCCUUCGUAUUCCAUGCCCCACUUGAGCUUCACAACAACUGCUUUACCAGUCAAUCCAGCAAGGAAUGGCUUGGGGUUCAAGAUUAGGCCAGACUAGACACAUCCAUGAUGAGAAUUGAACGAGAACCGCAUCAUCGCCGCCG